UAAAUAAUGCUAGAAAACAAAGCAACUGAUGUGAAAUGUUUGAUAAUGAUUAGUUGAAAGUUUCUUGAUUUUUGUUCUUUAAAUUCUUUUGAGGAAAGGCAAAAAUGACAGCAAAAAUGAACAAAAAUAUUUCUGCAGCAUCAGCCAGGUCUCAUACUAGAAAGACUACACAAAGGAGUUCAAUUCCACUUCCUUCAGGGAUGUUUGGGAAAGUUGUAGCAGUCCUCUUCGUGGGGUUCGUGGCUUAUGCUUAUCGCACAAUGCAGCCUCCUCCUCCGAAUAUUUGUGGCACCCCUGAUGGUCCUCCUAUCACAUCACCUAGAAUUAAACUUAGCGAUGGACGAUACUUAGCUUACAAAGAACAUGGUGUACCAAGAGAUCAAGCAAAGCAUAAGAUUGUGUUCAUCCAUGGAUAUGAUUCUAAUAGACACGAUGCUGUUGUUGCAACUGGCCUCUCUCCGGAGGUCAUUGAAAGCCUGGGAGUAUACAUUGUUUCAAUUGAUAGACCUGGUUAUGGAGAAAGUGAUCCUGAUCCAAAACGAACAGUAAAGAGCUUGGCGUUUGAUGUACAAGAACUUGCUGAUCAAUUAGGCCUUGGAUCCAAAUUCUAUGUCAUUGGAUUUUCGAUGGGAGGACAAGUUGUUUGGACGUUGCUCAAGUAUAUUCCUCACAGAUUGGCUGGAGCAGCUCUUCUAGCACCGGUUACCAACUACUGGUGGCCUAACUUCCCUGGGAACUUGUCCAAGGAAGCAUUCAGCCAUCAGCUUCCUCAGGAUAUAUGGAACCUUCGCGUUGCUCACUACCUUCCGUGGCUUACAUACUGGUGGAACACUCAGAAAUUUUUCCCUGCUUGUAGUGCUGCUUCUUACAACCCUGGUGUUCUUUCAUCUCAGGACCUAGAACUAAUGUCCACGUAUCGUGCCAAAAGAGAUCUUUAUGCUCAGGUAAGACAGCAGGGACAACACGAGUCACUCCAUCGCGACCUAAUGAUUGGCUUCGGGACAUGGGAAUUCGACCCUAUGGAUUUGGAAAAUCCGUUUCCUAACAACGAAGGUUCAGUAGUACACUUGUGGCAAGGGGACGAGGACAAGCUUGUCCCUGUAACUCUACAACGAUACAUUGCACAACGACAACCAUGGAUUCAAUAUCAUGAAAUCGCGGAUGGUCCUCCCAUCACUGCACCUAGAAUCAAACUUAGUGAUGGAAGACACUUGGCUUACAAGGAGAUUGGUGUACCAAGAGAGAAUGCAAAAUAUAAGAUUGUGUAUAUCCAUGGGUACGAUGGUUGUAGGCAUGAUGUUCCAAUUAGCAUCCUAUCUCAAGAUGUCAUUGAAAGUUUAGGAGUGUACAUUGUUUCCUUUGACAGACCUGGUUAUGGAGAAAGUGAUCCUAAUCCGAAACGAACAGUCAAGAGCUUAGCUUUUGAUAUACAGGAGCUUGCCGAUCAAUUAAGUCUAGGAUCCAAAUUCUAUGUUGUGGGAUUUUCAAUGGGAGGACAGGGAGUUUGGACCUGUCUCAGAUACAUUCCUCACAGGUUGGCAGGUGCAGCUCUUAUUGCACCAGUUGUCAACUAUUGGUGGCCUAGAUUACCUGUGAAUAUAUCCCAAGAAGCAUUCAACAUUCGGCUUCCUCAAGACAAAUGGACUCUUCGCGUUGCUCAUUACCUUCCGUGGCUCACCUAUUGGUGGAACACUCAGAAGUUCUUUCCUGCAUGCAGUGCUGCAGGUCGCAACCCUGCGAUUUUCUCUUCAAAGGACCUAGAGCUAGUUUCCAAGGGAAGUUCGGGCCAAGACUAUCGUGCACAGAUAAGACAACAAGGAGAAUACGAAUCCCUCCACCGCGACUUAAUGAUUGGAUUUGGAACAUGGGAAUUCGAUCCAAUAGAUCUUGAGAACCCGUUCCCUAAAAAUGAAGGUUCCGUUCACUUGUGGCAAGGCGAUGAGGAUAAGCUCUCACCCGUCACACUACAAAGGUACAUUGCACAGCAGUUACCAUGGAUCCAAUAUCAUGAAAUUCCAGGUGUUGGUCAUUUGGUUCCAAUGAUUGAUGGAAUCGGAGAGAAAAUCUUCAAGGAGCUUUUAACUGCGUAAACUCACCAUUUUUAUAGCUACCUGCAAGGUUUCAUCUUGCACGUCGUGACGUGUCUUAUUUGCCUAUAUAUCUCGGGUUUUAUUGUUCGUUCAGCUUCAUAUUUUGAUGUCAGUUUUGACUUGAGGAAAUAUUUUUGUAUUACAAAUUCUUUUGCUCAUUUUGUAGCAAUGAUAGUUUUUGUCAUGUGACCAUGAGGUCAGUUGACCUAUGGAAUCUGUACUUAUCAAACCACGCCCUCAGAAAUUGCUUCAAUCCA